ACUUUUAAAAAAAAAACUUAUAUAACCGAAAAAAGUUGUACAUCUCCUGUUUACACGAAUUUUGUGAAUCAAAUGCGAAGAUAUUUAAAUUCAAGGUUCAUCUCAAAGAUUUGUAUCUUUAUCACGCUGGGAAAAUUCUGUUUUGAUUUUUAAAAGAACCUUAUCAAAAGAAAAAUGUAUUGGAUUGUUCUGGUGGUGCUUUGUUGUUCGAAAGUGUUUAAAGAAGUUUCCUGUGAAGGAUGGAAUUACAACAGUUCUUCAAGUGAAGGACCAGCUAAUUGGAAGGAUACUUACCCCAAGUGUGGUGGAAAGAAACAGUCUCCAAUAAAUAUUGUUGAAGCUGACGUGACAUAUAACUCUGACUUAAAAGCAUUAACGUUGAGUGACUAUAACCUCACCACGGGACUCACCUACGAAUUAACCAAUCACGGACAUACAAUUCAAGUGAACAUUUUGAAAGAUGGAACAUCCGAUAAGAGUCCGAUUAUGAUUGGACAUAAAGGUGUUACAUACAGGCUGGCACAAUUUCAUUUCCACUGGGGAAGUGAUAACAACCGUGGUUCAGAACACACUUUAAACAAAAAACAGUUCCCUGCUGAGAUGCAUUUGGUGCAUUUCAAUGCAAAGUACACAAGUGUCUCAGAGGCAGCUUCAAAAUCAGACGGGCUUCUUGUUUGGGGACAUUUUAUAGAGACCGGAAGUACUGAAAAUAGUGCUUUUCAAACAUUUGUCAAAGAAUUUCCAUCUGUUACGGACAAAGAUGAAAAAAAGAACAUCCCUGCUUUUCCCAUCUCGUCGCUCAUACCAGCAGAUUCAACCGGGAAUUAUUUCACAUACAAUGGAUCGUUAACAACACCAAAAUGCUUCGAAAGUGUCACGUGGAUAGUGAACAGCAAGUACAUAACAGUCAGCUCAGUGCAGCUUGAAAACUUCCGAAAAUUGAGAGGUACAACCAAAACAGCAUCUACUCCUGCUUUCAUGUCCAACAACUAUCGGCCAACUCAACCUUUGAAUGGCCGAAAAGUGGAAAAAAGUUUCAAGUCGGAGACGUCUGCAGGAGUUCGUGUCAUCAGCUCCUACACUGUUGUGGUAGCGCUUGUCAUUUCAAUUGUUAACUUUUUGUAAGCCGCGUGAAGAAGUAUCUACUUUAUGCUUGUGUAGAGAAGAAACUACAUUAGCUGU